AUGAUCCCAACGGCAAGGUGCUUGGCCGCUAAGCCGGCCGGUUUCUUCAAGCGCAGCGCAGACGAGCUGAGUAGGCUGUCGAAAAUAGCUUGGAACUCGGAAGCUUUACACACGCCGACAAAGCCCUAUGUCCUCCUCGACUUCGAAGAUGAUGCCACUGUCUCAGGUUGCAAGACAAUGGCUGACCGCGCCGUCGGAGGAUUCAGCACUGCUAGUCUAGAUUAUGUCCCCGCCGACGCAGCAGCGAAAUCGCCAGCACACGCUCGAUUCCACGGAAGUAUCUCAACAAAGCUACCCAAUAACUGGCGGGUCGAGCGGACCGGAUAUGCCGCCUUCCGCAACAAAGAUCGUGGCCUCUGGAUCUUUGGUCGACUCUUCUGGGACGUGGAUCCCUACUCCUACCUUGCAUUGCGUGUCAAGUCUGACGGACGCCGCUACACCGUGAACAUCCAGACCGAUUCGAUCGUCGAGACCGAUAUCCAUCAGCACCGACUGUAUACGCGCCAUCAUAGGGUCCAGGAGGCCUCUCCGGACGAAUUUCUCUCGGCCGCCGAGGCAACGGAGUCACCCGAAUUUGCGGAGACGCAGUAUCCCCAUGGUAUACCGCCUGCUCUUUCGGAUGUGCCUCCUGAGUCGACCAUCAUGUCGACGUCGACCAGUGCCACAACGUCCGGAACCACCGGCUGGGAAACGAUUCUGUUACCGUUUAACUCCUUUGUUCGCACGAACCAUGGGAUGGUGGUUGAGCCGCAGACUUCUAUAAUAAGAAACCGGGUGAAGAGUAUCGGGAUUGGGCUGACGGAUCGGGUGGAAGGCCCGUAUGAUCUACGGAUUCACAAGAUCUGGGCUACGAAUGGCAUGAGCGAUGCGGAGAUUGAAGAGGAGAGACGCAUCUGCGGUACGGAUGCUUUGCCGAUUGAUGAGGGCGUCCGGACUGGCUGGACGGGGGAGUCUGUACCGCAUACAAGUCAGCAGGAGGCGCCGAAAGCGAAGAAGGGAUUGAAGGCAUUGCGUGAUGAGUGGGAUCAAUAA